AUGGUUGUUACUGCCCAUUUUGUGGACUCCGAAUGGAAGUUACAAAAACGUACUUUGAAUUUUUAUGAUGUCCCACCACCUCAUACAGGAGUUGUUAUAUGUGAUGUGCUAAAAAAAUGCUUAGUUGAAUGGGGCAUCGAAGAUAAGGAUAAUCUUGCUUACAAGAAUAGUCUUGCACUUCAUGGUAAAUUAUUUAAUGUGAGAUGUUGUGCACAUAUUUUGAAUUUACUGGUGCAAGAUGGUUUAUCUGAUAUUGCAGAUAUAAUUAAAAAUAUGCGUGAAAGUGUAAAACAUCUUGUUGCUUCUGAGUCUCGCCGUUUAAUUUUUAGUGAAAUUGCAAAGCAAUUGAAAUUACCUUCCAAGAAGCUUCUUUUAGAUUGUGGCACAAAGUGGAAUGCAACUUAUUUCAUGCUAUCAGCUGCUUUGGAGUUUAAAGAUGUCUUCCCUCGAUAUCAGCAAAGAGAUUCAAGUUAUACAUAUUUGCCUAGUGAGGAUUAUUGGCAAAAGGUUAAGGAACUGUGCUCUUUUCUUGAAGAAUUUAAUGAAGUUACCAAUUUCAUUUCAGGUACUGAAUAUCCAACUUCAAAUUUAUUUCUUCCUGAACUUUAUUCAAUACAAAAAUUAUUAGAUGAAGCACAUGAAAAUGGGAAUAUUUAUAUGAAAGUCAUGGUUGAUAAGAUGAAAUGUAAAUUUGAUAAGUAUUGGGAAAUAUAUUUUGAGUUUGAUUCUGAUGAGCAUAUUACAACUGUGAUGGAGAUAUUGUGCAUGCUUUAUAAUGAGUAUAUAGAUGCUCGUAAAAUAAAAAUUAUUGGAUCAGAAAUUAGUAGUUGUGAAAUUCAAAAGGAAGGAUAUAGUUAUACUAUAAGUGGAAAAGGGAAAAUCAGAGGAAGAGCACAAUUUUAUAGCUAUAUUAGGAAUGUUGAUUGUGUGAUUGAGCAAGCAAAGUCUGAAUUAGAUGUGUAUUUGGAAGAAGGUGUUCAUAUUUGUCAAGAUGAUUCUAACUUUGAUGCCUUAGAAUAG